AUGCUCGAUUUUUUUGUAAUACUGACUAGAGGUGGUAUAGUGUUGUGGUAUAUGAAAAGUACAUCCGAAUGCAUUAGGACGGCAAUUAAUGCUUUUUUAAAAUCCCUCAUACUUCAGGAAAAUCUUAGCAACGGGGUGUUUGCGCAUGAAAGCAUUGCGAUGAAGCACUUCAUGGAUAAUGAAUUUGAUCUUUUGUAUAUUGCCGGGUACCAGCGUGUCCUCCAAUUGAGUUAUGUCGACAAGUUUCUAACUGUGAUUGCAUUGGAAUUUCGGGACAAGUACAAAAAUAAACUACUUGAGAAGAAUCGAUUUGGGUAUUUCGAUGACUUUGCACCCAUUUUCGACUCCAAGUUAUGCGAAAUUGAAUCAGAUUCACUGAAGUCAAUUAAGUCUGUUAAACCUAUGCGAUCUUUUGCUGAUUCAGCGAAAUCAAAAAAGACAAUCGCGUCGAUGAUUAUCAAUAAGGAAAAUCAACACUCGACCUCCGCUACCGAUAAAAGGGCUAAUUUAGCUGAGAGCUUGGACUCAGGUGAACCCAUUUUGGAUUCAAAAAUUGGUAUUGCUUCCGAAUCACCUGUUUCUGGCAAGCCUGGUAAAAGGAUAAAAGUGAAUCGUCGUUGGACCAAUGAGGCCGUUGGAGCUGAGGCUGCUGCUCUUGAUUACAGCAACGGAGGCGGUGCCGUCAUCUCCUCAGGUACUCUUGCUCAUGAUGGGACAGAUCUUGUUGCCUCCCAAGGGCUGCAGCUAACUGCCAGCGAAGUCGAAAAUCUCACUAAACUUCGUGGCACAUUGCGUGAGGGCUUUGAUGAGUUAGAGGUCUCGUCGGAUGAAGAGGAAUAUGCUUGUUCAUCGGAAGAUGAAGAGGAACAGGAAUCAAAAGCUUCUUCUCGCAGCAGGAAUGAAAUAAAGGCAAAUAAUUUGCUCAAUUUUGUGUCAUUUUCAAGAAUCGCCUUUAUUCAUGUUUUCUCCUACGUCAUCUGUGUGACCUCUAUACUCACCCCGAACAAAUCGUUCGGCUUUAUGUCAGGUCUGCUACAAAACUUGAAAUCGACGGCCACUGGUCGGGUGUUGACAAGUGAGGACAUUCGAAAUCCAUUGGAGCAGCUGCGUGAUCAUCUGGUACAAAAAAAUGUCGCUUUUGAGAUCGCAAAUCGCCUUUGCGAUGGAGUGGCUGAGAGCCUAGUCGGAGUGCAACUUGGUCGCUUCGAGAGAGUUGGAUCACGUGUUCGCGCGGCCCUGGAGGAGGCCUGUACCCGUCUUCUUGCUUCCGGUCGUCGUGUCGAUGUCCUACGUGAUGCUCUUGAAGCCCAACAAUCGGGGCGGCCGUAUGUCAUCGUCUUUUGCGGUGUCAAUGGUGUUGGUAAAUCCACGAAUCUCGCCAAAAUAGCCUUUUGGUUGAUUGAAAAGAAUUUCAAAGUCCUUAUAGCUGCCUGUGAUACAUUCCGUUCUGGUGCUGUGGAACAGCUUCGAACCCACGUACAGAAACUUAAUUUUAUUCACCCCCCCGAGCAUCACGGCGGUCAAACAAUGGUUGAGCUGUAUGAGAAGGGUUAUGGCAAGGAUGCCGCAAAUAUUGCUAUGUCGGCCAUCUCCCAUGCUAAGGAGAAACAGCGCGAUGUGGUUUUGGUCGAUACCGCUGGACGGAUGCAAGACAAUGAACCGCUGAUGCGUGCGCUUGCCAAACUCAUUAUCGUCAACGAACCCGACUUGGUUCUUUUUGUCGGUGAGGCACUGGUCGGAAAUGAGGCAAUUGAUCAACUGGUAAAAUUCAAUCAGUCUCUGGUCGAUUAUGGCAAUGCAGCCAAGUCCCACGCCAUUGAUGGCAUCGUGCUCACUAAAUUUGAUACAAUUGACGACAAGGUUGGAGCAGCUGUCUCGAUGGCCCAUAUCUCAGGGCAACCAAUUGUUUUUGUUGGAACCGGUCAGACGUACUCUGAUCUACGUCAAUUUUCUGUACCGAGUGUGGUUAAAGCUCUCAUGAAGUAG